CUCGGUUAGUUCAUUUUGGUCCGUCGAAACGACGAGGUCGAACAAACAGUGUGAUCGCAUCCGUAAAAGAGAGAUAAUGUGGUUCAAGUCGGGAGCUUUGUUGCUUCUGGCGCUGGUGGCCUUAGCGAAUGGCAACACAACCAGCCCCGGUACUCCCAUCUCGACUCAACGCAAGGUUCUUUGCUACUACGAGGGAUCCACCGCGUUGCGGGAAGGUUUGGGCAAAUCGAUCAUCGCGGACAUUGAACCGGCGCUGCCGCUGUGCACGCAUCUGAUCUAUGGCUACGCCGGGAUCAACGCGGACAGCUACAACGUGCGAUCGCUGAACGAGGCACUUGACCUUGACUCGGGCAAAGGUCAGUACCGAGCGGUGACGACGGAGUUGAAGCGUCGCUUUCCGUCGUUGAAGGUGCUGCUUGGCGUUGGCUUCUUCAAGGAUCCCACCGAUGAGAAGACAGCUGAUAAGUACUUGACGUUGUUGGAGAGUGGAGGGAGUCGCACGGCGUUCAUCAACUCGCUGUACGCGCUGGUCAAGUCGUACAACUUUGACGGUGCGGAUUUGGCGUGGCAGUUCCGGCAGACCAAGCCGAAGAAGAUUCGUGGAAUUGGGGGUAGUUUGUGGCAUGGAUUCAAGAAAGUCUUCAGCGGUGACAGCGUGCUGGAUCCGAAGGCUGACGAACACAAGGAAGCGUUUACCGUGUUGAUUCGUGACUUGCGCAAUGCCUUCGAGCACGAUCGUCUCCAGCUGGGAUUGACCGUCCUUCCUCACGUCAACGAGUCCAUGUUCAUGGAUGCGUUCCUGCUCAAAGACAGCGUUGAGUACGUUCAUCUCGCAGCGUUUGACCAAAAAACCCCCGAGCGUAAUCCCAGCGAAGCCGACUACACAUCUCCGCUCUACGAACCCACCGGAGAUGGUGAACGUAUCGCAGCGAACAACGUCGACGCCGAAGUUCGCUACUGGUUGACCAACAAAACCCCACCAAACAAGAUCGUCGUCGGAAUCGCGUCCUACGGACGUGGCUGGAAGCUCCCCGAAGACAGCGGACCAGUCCCCCCAGUCACAGUUGACGGCCCCUCCCCAGCAGGUCCGUACACCAACGAAUCGGGCCGGUACAGCUACGCGGAAAUCUGCACCCAACUGCCAGGAUCUCGGUUGAGCACGCUGGACGGAGCUGCCCCUCUGCAAAAGCAGGGUGAACCCAAGAAGGCGGGACUCUACGCGUACCGCGUUAAGGACAAGAAGAAGAAGCUCAAGGGAAUGUGGGUGGCGUACGAGGGGCCGGAGUCGGCGGCGGAAAAGGGAGCGUACGUGAAGGCCAAGGGUCUGGGGGGAAUUUCGAUCUUCGAUUUGAGCAACGAUGACUUCCGUGGGUUGUGCACGGAUGAGAAGUUCCCGAUCCUGAAGGCGGCCAAGAAUAUGAUGUGAGCGGUGGAAACGUGUGACGAAUUAGCUUGCGAAAAUUUUACAAUAAAUGAUCAAUUGAUUGAA